AUGACUUCCGCCGAAAAAGCCCUGAUUGGGUCCCGACGCGACGAGGCUACGGUGGUUCUGACAGCUGAAGAUAAAUUCCUGAUCGUCGAUGUGCCGGAGUUGCAGCAGGAACUCACCAUCUAUCAAAAAACGAUCCUCAACGGCUCCGAGGCCUUCCUGAAGAGCCAAAUGAAACCGGUGGUGAUCAUCGCCAAACGGCCGAGCCCGCGCGGCAGCGCGUUAAGGGGAGGAGUGAAACUUCCGGUGAUCCCUUCGAUCUCGAUGCUGCACGACGACUUGCCGUUUGGGACAGAAUUCUUCAAGCAG